AUGAAUUCGAAAAUCAGUAAAUCCAAAAAACCAUACUAUGGUGGGGACAAAGUUGAUGCUGAUGACGAAGAAUCUCAAAAGCUUUGUAUCACUGAUUGUCGGCAGAAGCAGGGGGCACUGUACUCUCCCUUUCUAUUUAAAUCUCCAUCCUCACAAUUUUUGCUAAUCGCUCCUGAUUCUAAUGAGCUUUUUGUCAUGAGUGGGGAAAGUCGGACUCAUCUUUAUUUACGGCAAAAUACAGACAAGUUUUUGUGUAGCUUUGGAAAUUGCGGUAAUUCAAGUCAACCGGGUAUAGAAAAUCCAACUGAGGUUGAUAUUGUUGUUUGUGGACUAAGCAACGUUUCUAUCCCUCCAUUUCCUCAAACUCUGUCAUCUGAACUUUCACUGUUCCUGUCACAUGGCUUACCUCUACUUGUAUGGCCUAAAUCAUUUGACAAGAUAUUCAUACAAAAGUAUUUAGAUGAUAACUACCCAGAUUGUAGUCAUUGGUUUCGUGAACUGGAUAAGGUGAUUGGCUGGUUGGAACAGAAAUGGCGACCGCUGACUCGAAACUUCUGCGUUUCUGGUAGCGAUUCUACCGGUGAUGAUAUUGUUUUCGAAAAGAACGUUUUUAUUAGAGGUUUACCAUCAAAUUGUGUUGCUGUGCUUUACUUGAAGAAGCGUUCAAUACAGUAUGAAAGGUACGCCAGUUUAUUACAGUCUUACUUUACCCACCGGUUGCAGUAUACUCCAGCUUUUCAUCACAACCCUAUACAUCAUGAACUUGAAGAACACCAUAAGGAGAGACUCAAUUGUUUAGCUGAAGAUGUUGGCUUUUUUAAUAUUGUGGGGAAUCGCCUUAUUCAGUUUAUAAAUAAAGUUUCAUCAUCUGGUAAACCAAUCACUCUCAACCCAAACACUUUCACUUCUUCUAUCAAGGAUCCAAAUUUAAGAGAACAAUGUUUAAAAGCUUUAUUACCUGUAAAUGAAUUGAAAAAUAUUCGGCAAAAGAUGAAACAUGCUACGAAUGAUUUUAAUACAAUGGGUGAUCAUUCUGAUGAUAAAAGUCAAUCUGAUGAUGAUGAUGAUGACAGUGUUACAGAUGAUAGUCGAUUAUUACCAAAUAAAAAAAAUACAACUGAACCAGAUACAGCUAAUCAGCUUUCAAAUAUUCUACCAAAUCGACCUAUAAACAAAGAGAUGAUGAAAAAUAAAGGAAUCGUGAAAUACCGACAUAAACGAGAGCGUAAUCCCAGAGUUCAUCUUCGUCAUAAAUUCCGUAAGGCUACAAUUCGCUAUCGAUCGCGUGUUGCACCUGUCCGUAAAGAGGAAAAACCAUAUGCUGGCGAGUUGAAAGGAAUACGUGUAAAUCUAAUCAAAUCACAUAAAUUCAAACAGUAUUGA